AUGAUAAUCAGUGUUAUCCCCAGAAAUUCUAAAACUGCACCUCCGACCGAGCCCGAAGUCUUCCCAACUCCUCCAGAACAACCACGCGAGCAAGAAGUCCUCCCAACCACUCCAGAACAACCACACGAGCCAGAACUCCCUCCAGUGCAAGACGUCCUUCCAAUCCCUCCAGAACAACCACAUGAGCCAGAAGUCCCUCCAGAGCCAGAGGUCCUCCAAAUUCCUCCAGUCCCUCCCGAGCAACCACGGCAAACAAGAGCGAGACAACCACCAGAUAGGUUGACGUAUUACGGGCCCGGUCAAAGUUUUCCAGCUGGUGUCUUCGAAACCUCGGCAACAAAUCCAAUUUCAGCAGACCAAUGGCAACCUCAGCGGAAAGCCUGGAUGACUAAUCCACCCCACCUACCCUUCUAUCCACCACCCAU